UUUCACUACAAAUACACUUACAUUUUUCUCCAUUUCUCAGCAUCAGGAUAACACAUCUCUAAUAACUUUCAUUAUUUUCUCAUAAUUCAGAUGACUCCUACCAAUAACUAUGACGACAACUUAUUCCUUUAUUUUUCUCUACCUCCACCGUAUAGUCCACCGAAAUGGCCGCCUUCCCAGAAGCCACCACCAUCUCCAAAAGUUGCACCACCUCACAAUACUCCCUACCCACCAAAAGUGCUGCCGCCACCAUCAUUUCCAAAGCCAGGAACUCCACCCAACCAUCCAUUUCAACCUCCACCACCUCAUAAUACUCCCCACCCUCCACCACAAAAUCCCACAUUGCCGCCGCCAUCACCACUCCCAAAACCAGUAACUCCACCUAACCAUCCAUCUCAACCUCCACCAUCGCCGAGAGUAGCUCCGCCACCGCCACAACCAGUUCCAGUGCCUGGAACACCACCUCCUCAUCCAUUUCAUCCACCACCUGCUCCACCAGUUCAUCCAAUAUUUCCCCCACCGCCACCACCAACACCAACACCAGGACAUAAUUCAACGGUCAUAGUUGUUGUCUUUGUCUCGCUUGGUGGUCUAUUUUUUCUUGCAUUUCUCUCUGUUGCUCUCUGCUGCUUCAUUAAGAAGCGAAAGAAGAAAAACAUCCAGAAAACUGAAAUCAUAGAUUUUGAUGAACACAUGAAAGUUCAGGAAACCAUCGUACCAGGACCACAUGGUGAGCAAAUGAAGGUACUGACAAUUGAAGAAGAUAUUCAUAUUAACGAGAAGAUCAAGAAAAAUGAAAACCGGAGCAAAGAUUUCUUACAUGAUCAUUCUCUUCAUAUUUCUGAUAAGGAAGCAUCCUCUUCUCACUGUGAUCAUCAUCUUGAGCAUAAAGUCUGACUUUACUACGAAUCAAUGGAAUAAUAAGAACCCAAAUCUGAAAAAUUUAUUAUUCUUUCUGUAAUGUGUCAUAAAUGUUUCGUUGGAAUAACAGGAAAAUCUUGCUGAAUAAAUGAAUCUUUUA